AUAAAUACUCCCUCCAUUGCCCUUCCCACUGUCACCAUUCUCUGCGCCUUCUCACACUGCAACAUUUUCCUUUCCAUUCUCAGAGCUUUAGUUUCAAGCGAGUACGGAACUCAGUUGUUGAUAAGCUGCUACCUCAAAACCAUUGACAGAAAAAGAGUUGGGUGAAGUGGAAGUUUGAUAGACACUAGUUCAAUUUGUUCUGAAUACUCCUUAAAGGUCUUACAUUGUUGCUUGCUUCACUUGAAAUUGUGGAUAGACCUGGAUCCAAUGGACUUGAAGACAAAUCUUACUCCUGUCCUUACUGAUACCACACCCUUAACAAGGUCAAGGCUUGGUGUGCCUUCAGGUUUGUCACCUUCUUACUCUUCUAAAGGGGCAACCUUUCCCCAUGGUCCCUUGCUGGCAAUUCCAAGGAAGAAGACAGGAAUUCUUGAAGAUGUUCGUUCUAACGGUUGGCUUGAUGCCAUGAAAUCAUCUUCUCCUACUCACAAUAAAGUAUCCAAGGAUGUUAGUCAUGGGAUUGGAUCAUCUGAUGCUGCUUAUAAUUCCUGGCUGCUUAAGUUUCCAUCAGCACUUGCAUCGUUUGAUCAAAUUGCAAACUGUGCUAAGGGGAAGAGAAUAGUAUUGUUUCUGGAUUAUGAUGGGACUCUUUCACCCAUUGUGGACAAUCCUGACUGCGCUUUCAUGUCAGACAAUAUGCGUGCUGCUGUUAAAAAUGUCGCAGAAUGUUUUACAACGGCAAUAAUUAGUGGAAGAAGGCGCGACAAGGUUUGUGAAUUUGUUGGAGUAAGAGAGCUCUAUUAUGCUGGUAGUCAUGGGAUGGACAUUAUUUGUCCUCGUAGACAAUCUAAUUCUGAUAAUCACCCUGAGUGCAUUAGUUCUGCUGACAAACAGGGUAUUGAAGUCAAUUUAUUCCAACCUGCUGCUGAAUUCCUCCCCAUGAUUGAAGAGGUACUUGAGUUGCUCAAGGAGUGUACAAAAGACAUUGAAGGAGCAUUAGUUGAGAACAAUAAAUUUUGUGCGUCUGUGCAUUACCGCAAUGUAGAUCAAGAGAAUUGGAGUAUUGUGGGACAACGUGUAUAUGAUGUUCUGAAGGAUUACCCACGUUUGCGUUUAACUCAUGGGCGGAAGGUUUUAGAGGUCCGGCCAGUGAUCGACUGGGAUAAGGGAAAAGCUGUCACAUUUCUACUUGAGUCACUUGGACUUAACAAUUGUGAUGACGUGCUAGCAAUAUAUGUUGGAGAUGAUAGAACAGAUGAAGAUGCAUUUAAGGCUUUGAGAGAAGUUAAUAAAGGUUGUGGCAUCUUAGUGUCCCCCGUCCCAAAAGAAACCAACGCAGUUUACUCUCUUCGUGAUCCCUCAGAGGUGAUGGGAUUUCUGACAUCACUUGCGGGAUGGAAAUCAAGCAUUCAAGGUCGCUGAAAAGCUUUACAUGGUGUAUAGAGGAGAACAUUCUCCGCUAUGCUAUAUAUUUGAGAGAGUCUUUUUGUUUCGAUUUUGGGGUUGUUAGAAGACGUUUCAAGGGGUCUGCUGGAACAUAUUUGAGCUCAGAAGACCUCUGACGGUAACAACAUUGUCAUUACCUUGUGUGGUAGCUGUAAAUUCCUGGCUGAGAAUUAUAUAUAUAUUGGAAAGAUUAAGGAAAAUCUGCUCAGAAGGUUUUUUUUGUUCCCCAUUAGAAGUUCAUAUUAUUGUAUUUAUUUCAUAUUCUUUCUUCAGUUUGGUUACUGCUCCUAACCAGCUCCUUGGGGAUUAAAUAUGAAAUUGUUCUGUUUUUUUUUUUUUUUUUUUGUUGAGAGAGAAUUAUCAUAUGUUAAUUUUUUCAAUGUGUAGAUUGAAUAUUAUAAUUUGUACUACCCAUUUGAUAGUGCCCCCACUUCGUCACUCUUUGUACUGUCUUCAAAUUAUUCUAGAAAAGAUCCUUUGAAUUGUGAUGGACUUAUUUGA